AUGUAUGAUUAUACACCAAUGAUUUCUCAUCGCGAGUACCCUGCUAACCCAUUUUCAAUCGAAGCAGAGAAUGUACCAGAGAAUUUCAUGCCUGAAGAGUGGCCUCGUGAAGGUGUAGAAUAUAAGCCCUUGAUUGAAAAGGAAUAUCUCUUGAACUCGAGAUCGUGUACCACAAGUAAGGUCGUAGGAGAAGAAAUGAUGGUUUCCAUAUCGUCAUAA